ACUGCUCUGGUUGUUUCAGGAAUACUCAAGCUGUGGGUAAUUCGGGUGGCAGAACCAAAGUCACCAGCAACUACUUCUGCUAUGAAAAUCUCUCUUCAAGAACGUCUUAAGAAAAAGAGACAAGCAUUGAUCAAUAGGCAAUAUAAGGCAGACAAACGAGCUGAACGCUUGAGGCAAGAAAAGGCUGAGCAAGAACGUCAAGAUCGAGAAGAUGAAAUGAGAGAAAUCUCUAUAAAAAUGAGAAGGAGAGAGCGACAGAAGAGGCAUCAGUACUAUGAGGCAGAUGAAUCUAACGCAGCAGAGAACUCGGACGAGGAUGACCGAUUGAGCAAUGCAACAUCUGGUUCUGGCAGUGAGAAAAUACCUUCUGAUUCUGAAAAAAGGUCAUGGAAUCGAACAUCAAGAAAAACAAAAGAGCAAGAUUUGGACAGAUCACGAAAUAGCCGAGAAAGGGACAGGAGCAGAGGUAGAUCCUCGAGGAGAGACAGUGAUUCGAGAAGAGUGAGGGAACGAUCCGGAGACAGAGAUAGAAGACAGAGGAGAAGUAGAGAGAGGGAAAGGUCUCGAGGACGAGACAGAUCAAGAGAUAGGAGGGAUCGGUCAAGAGAAAGGGAAAAGUACAGACGAGAGAGAGAUCGCUCAAGAGACCGAGGCAGAGACAGAUCCAGAGAUAGAGAUAGAGAUAGGAACUUUAGUCGCCACAGUAGAGAAAGAGAUUACGAGAUUAGUGGAGUCUCUGUCAAGAAACCAAUUAGGCCCCUGGUGGAUUAUUAAGAGUUCCUGGAAUUUCAUUGUUGAUUGAAAUAUAUGAAGACUGAAUGGAUAACAGAUUUUAUAUCUGAUAGUUGUUACAAUUCUGUGUUGUUAAGUUGAAGAUUGAAUUACUUAUCUGUAAUAUAUAUAUUUUGUUUUUACCAUAUUAAUUUAGAAUGACUCGUAUAUUCAGUUGUUUAUCUCCGUGUAUGUCAUUCAACUUCUUAAUAUACUAAAAUAAGUAAUUUGAGCAAUUGAAUAUUUACAUAUCAUUUAAUGUUUUGAUUUUUAUUUAGUGGGGUAUAGUAUAAAAUUAUCCCAGUCAUUUUUCUAAUCAACAGCUUUCUGGAACAGCUUUUUUGGUUAAUGUAUGUAUACAUUAUGCAGUAUAUGUCACUGUGGCUUUGUUAAGAAAUAAAUCUUUAUAAUAAA